GUGCGCAUGCGCUGAGCGCAGCAAUCCGCGCCUUUUAUGCUCUGCAGGAGCAGCGUAGCGUGGGCUCCAGGCUCAGUGAUCUUCCAGCAUCGGUUCAGCUCACAGCCCUGCAGCCAGAGUCCCGGUUCCUCCCCAGAGACUCCUGGCUUUCCAUGCACAGAUGUCUGCCGAGCCAGUUGCUCCCUUACCUCGCCGCCUUUGUAGUGGGUUUUCGACAGAAAAUAGUCCUUCUGCAGUAGUUGGAAUCCACUGAGCCUGACCAGAAGACCCAGGGUUGGCGUUCUGACAUUUUAAAACCACAAUGCUGGGGUUGCAGGGAAAUGCUUCACCGUCCAAGGUGUAUCGCUGUGUGGCAUGUUCAGAAACCUUCACAGGAUUGGCCUCUCUACUCGUACAUCAGGCCACUCAUGCAAAUACCGACUCCAAAAGCUCUACCCACACUCUGACACAGCAUAACGAUGGCCUGCAGGAAACCCAGUUUGCAAAAGAGGUCUCGAACACCGAAAAGCCCAGUUCACCAACACGUCUGCCUGAGAGCCCUGCAUCGUCUUUUUACAUUUGUGACUGUGGGGAUGAGUUUCUGGACUUCCAUCUCAUGCUGGAGCAUAAACGUUCACACAUUGGUCAGCUACAGCAGCCUGUGGUUGAUAAUGUUGCCAUGUCUGGUGAAGCAGGAAGUAAGGAUGUUUUUCCAACCCAGCAGGCAUCAUUCGCCCCUGUUAUACAGACAGGUUUAGACCUCAGCUCCCCCUCCACUUCCAAGCCCUCAGGCUCUGAGCUAUCCACAUCAAAUGUGCUUUCAGGAGAGGUGGCCUUGGAGGACAGUGUUGCCAUGGAAACCCCUCCUCAUGGCCAGUGCACACCCCCUCAAGAUGUCAGUGUGAAACCAAUUGAGGGCAUGUGUACCACAGAAGAGCCCCUGCCUGAGAGUGAAGGCAUGGAUUUGGAGGACGAUGGUGAUUCUGUUCCAGACUCUGAACAGGUGGAAAAUGUGCAAAAAAACAACAACCUCAUGAAGCUGCUAGCGUCUGCUUACCAGAACUGCUUGCCAACCCCUGUGUCUGAGAUUGAAAGUGAAAACAAUUUAGUUCCCAAGCAAGAAGAUAUUCCUGUUGAUAUAUCCCCAGUAGCCAAAUCUGAACCUUCUGCGAUUAAUGAUCUCUCUAUUGUCCAGUUGCGGCGGCUGCUUACUAAACCAGGUGUAAAGACAAAAGCUCCACCCAUCAGCAGAAUUCUGGAGUCGAGUAGAAAGAGGGUUGUCUCUCUUACUAAGACUUUGUCUCCUGUUGUGGUUCUGGAGACGCGGCAAAAGCUAAUGGAUCCGACGUUCAAAGGUCUUUACGGAAGAUAUCAGUGUGGCCGCUGCCGUAAAGUGUUUCCAAACUUAGACAGAUUGACAGAGCAUCAUUUCCUGCACAAAAAGGAAAGGAUUAAAUGCUGCCGCCGAUGCAAACAGCUCAUUAUUGGGCGAUUACCUUUUACUGACAAUCAUGUUUGUCCUCAUUUGAGAAACAACAGUUUUCGACCAGCAAGGGCUCCUCAAAACAAGUCUCCAUUUGCCCCCAAAAUUGUACCAUUUCAUAGUCUAAACAAUGCCAAAAAGGUUUACUUUUGUCCAGUAUGCAAAAACAGCUAUGCACGAAGGUGGAACCUUAAAACACACCGCUGUCACGGUCCAGCAUCAGGCGUCCCAAGGCAGAACUAUCCUCCGUUUCAAAGAAUGUUUGCGCUCAGGCCAAACCUUGGUGCCAAAACCCCAAAAGUUGAAGAGGCAAAUGACGGGCUUAGGAGUGUUGCUGUAGGAACUGAGGUUGCUGCUCACAUCAAGGUCGAGGGGACUUCAGUUUCACAUAUUGGUUGGACACCUCCUGCAAAACAGUUUCCCCCAUUUACUUUAAAAUCCUCCAUGAUCGACUCGCGUCAGGAUCCCUCAUUGGCUUCCCUUGACGAAGUUGAUGAAAGUUGGAAAAUGGAAGAGCUAAAGGGGGAAAAUGGCAAUGAGGGACAGUGGACAAUGCCCUUAGAUGAUGAUUUUCAGCUGAUCAGUUCCACUGACAAAUCUGCUGACGAUGGAGAGCUCAGGCAGGGUGGAUCUGCUGAACAUGCAGAGAUGGCUCCUCAUAGUCUGCCCUAUUUCAUCAAUGAUGGUGUGAGGCGUUACCCUUGUCAGCGGUGUCACAAAACCUACAGUAAGGCCACAACUUUAAGACGCCAUCUGCGACUGUGUGGGUUCAGGCCAGCUGGGUUUGGGACUGUAGCUCAGACCCAAGCCAACUGUGCCACAACUCUAAACACCGGUAAUGUGAAACCUAUGUUUUCCUGCUUUGUCUGCGGGAGGGCCUUUAACCGCAAGGACAACAUGAUGACUCAUAGGAAAAGAUGUCAACUAAAGCGAACCAUGUCUGGGGUGGGUGGGGGGAUCAUGCUGCAGGGCAUGCAAGGUAAUACACCCAUCAACGGUCCAAUCCAAGAGGAGGACAGCGCCAAGAACUGGGGUAUCAUGUCCCUACCAUCUGUAUUGCCGAGAAGGGUGACGUGUGAAUGCGGAGUCGGAUUUACAUCCCCAAGGCUUCUCCUCGAGCAUCUGCAAAAGCAUGCACAGGAAUCGUACACAUGCCCAACCUGUGGAGAGACCGUUAAUUCCUGGGCUGACUAUGAAGUUCAUCUGCAGGUUCAUAUGCAUCCUCAGCAGGGGUUGACGAAGGGACUGCAACCACAGCGAUCCCAACCUCUUUUACUCCGACUGCAGCAGCCACAGCCUUCUCAGUCAGUGCUUCCACCACAGCAGAAACUCCAACGCCCAGAACCGUCCCAACACCUACACUCUCUCUCUGUGAAAAAGGGGCAGCGGAUCGUCUGCACCAGAUGCGGAAAUAGUUUUGCCACACGAUGUUCUCUUCGGAGGCACAUAUCCUGGAAUCGCUGCAAAGGUGUGCGGGCCACAGCUCCCCUCACAAAUCCACCCAAAACCUUCCACUGUUCCCACUGUAACUCGGACUUCCCCAACAGCAUCAGUCUAAUGUUCCACCAGAGGAAUGGCGCGUGCAAACCUGCCAUCAAGCCUGUCCGCUGUCCUGUUUGUCUUCGCUGGUUUGGCACCAUGGACAGCCUCCAGAAACACCUACUGAUUCACAAGCAGUCUGACUCGUACCGCUGCGACGUGUGUCAGGGAAUGUACAGGAGCCUCAAAUCACUGAAGAACCACCGCAGGAGGAUUCAUCGCAUCCUCAUUGGACAGCCGAAGUCGACACCACUUGAACCGCUGGCCCCAGAAUGCCACCCAAGUCUAACGGACUAAAGCUCCUCAUUAAAAUGUCUCCAUUGUUCAAUAUUCCUUUCAUGAUUUUUAAAUUGUUCUUUGCAUUCUAAGGGACUGUGCAAAUUGGGAGCUGUUAGGACUUUUAAAACUAAUCUUAGCUUGCCGCUGUAAUAAAUGAGCUUAGUCACAGUGUACAUUUUAGUCUCUUAAGUUAGUCCCGUAGAUUCAGUAGUAUUUUCAGUCGGUAAAUAAUUCCAUUACUAUUAAAGUCGUAGGGAAAUAAUAUUUAAAUGGUAAAUCAUUCUGGCUUAAACAUGUAUAUAAAUGUACUAAAAUUUAGAAAAUUUCUAUUUAAAAAAAAUCCUGUGUUAAAAUCUGUGGGGGGGUUUUCUCGUUAUUUUAUGCAGGCCAGUUAGCUAUACGUCAGUUGUACACCUAAAUUCGGCCAAUCGUAUAUCAACGGUGUAAAGUCGGGCAGAGAGAAUUUGGAAACAACGGUUGGAACAGCCGCUUCCCUACGACUUUAAGUAAAUGAACUUUCUUCUCAUGUUUGGUGAAGUAGCUUCUUGUUGUUCUUGGUGUUGAUAAACAGAAGUGUGUUCAGUGUCUUGAUUGUAACUUUUUGAGUUAUAACGUUUUUAUUUGAGGUUAUAAAAAAUGUUUUCUCAAAAAACAUUUUUUGUU